AUGAGGGGCUGGUUAAAAUGGAUUCUUGUAUUCGCCGCGGUGACUCUAAAGCCGUGGAUAUCGCACAUCAACAAAGGCUUUACGAAGGAGCUUCUAGCUAAUUUCCCCAAGCAAAAUGAAGCAGACAGAAGCAUUGCCUUUGUGACGGCGCAUCCUGACGACGAGAGCAUGUUUUUGACUCCGUUGCUGGAGGUGCUAAGCGGGACCCCGUUAAUCGUGGAGGGAAGGGUGCGUGUGGAGUUGCUUUCGCUGACUAAGGGUGAGUUGCGUUAUGAAUGCCAUAAACGUGCAUACGCAUCAGGUGACUUUGCGGGUCUCGGAGACGUGCGCACUGCGGAGCUGUAUGCGCUGUGCCGUAAGUACAGGAUGAACUGUAGUGUGGUUGACGAGAGUGAGUGGCGGGACGGCCCCGCCGCGUGGGACGUCGAGAAGGUCGCCGAGCGCAUCGAGGCGUUCGUGAAGGAGCGCCGCGUCGCCGUCAUUUUCACCUUCGACCGCCAAGGCGCAUCCGGCCACCCCAACCACAUCAGUGUACACAAGGCGGUAGUCAACAUGAAGGGAAGGGUGGCAGGACUAACUGUGUGGCAUCUACAUACAUACGACAUUUUGAGCAAAUACUUUGCUCCUCUUGCUGUUGUGCGUUCCCUGUUUGUCAGCCCCAGUCUUAUACGCUUUUCGCCGUUGGAUGUCAUCCGGAACAUGCGAGUGCACAAAAGCCAAUGGAGGUGGUAUUUGUAUCUGUGGUCGUUAUUUGGCUCAUAUAGUUACACAAACUCUUUCGACACACUAUAA